AUGAGGAACACAAGCAAGGAGCUGCACGGCGCGGCGAGCCGCUAUGCUCCCUGCGACUGGUAUUACGACCUUCCCGUGAAGCAGUCCGACAAGCCCGUGGAUGUCCCACUGGCCUCCCAGAUCCCGGGCCUCAGUGAUCUGAGGGAGCCUCCCAACGGGCACAUGCCUGGGUCGCGGAGGUACUGGAUAAAAGAAACAGACUCCGAGUAUGUGAAGCUCGCGAAGCAAGGCGGCCAGCCCGAUCUGCUGAAGCACUUCGUCCCCGGGACCAGGAAAGGCUCCCCCGUGGCCUACUGCUUGCCAGAUUGGUACGUCCACCACAGCAAGCCUCCCACAGCCGGGCAGAGACCGAUCCCCGCCGUCUCCAUGCCGGAUUACAUGGUUCACGAAGAGUUUAACCCCGAUCGGACCGACGGUAACUAUGCGUCCAGAAGAGGGCCCUUUGACUUCGAUGCGAAAACGGUUUGGCAGAGGGAGGCGGAGGAACGUGAAAAGAAGAAAAAGGUGAGGCUCCCAGCCAUUAACUCCAAGUACCCGAGCAAAGUGGGGACCCCGCUCGGCCCCAAAGACCCUGCAGGAGGCAGACUCUCCUUCCCUCCCAUGCCUGGUCAAAAAGCCAGUUCACCCACAAACUUUUCCAAACUUAUCAGCAAUGGGUACAAGGAUGAGUGGCUCCAGCGGCGAGCUGACUCAGAGAAGAGGGCCCUGCAGACCUCCGGGGCAGCACCCCCGUCUCCGUCCAUGCAAGAGCCCGAAGGGAGCCAGGAUGCAGGGUCGGACCCAGACCUGGAGGUGCCCGGGGACGCUGAGGAUGUUCAAGCUCCGCUCAGCACACCCAUGUCUGGGUCAGCCGGGCCUUUCCAGCACGUGCAGCCUCAGCCCAGAAUUUGGAGGAACCCCAUCUUCAUCGGCAUCUACACCAGGAGAGCUCAGCUAAACCCCCGCCUACUAUGCACCUAG